AUGCUUCCUCUCUUCAGUAAGAUCUACACAGUCCAGUCCAUCAGCGUUCCUCUCUUCCAUUCAAGUGCUUCCUCCGUCAUAAGGUCCCCCUUAUCAAGAUGCUUCCUCUCUUCAAUCAAAGUGCUCUGCUCUCUUCAUCCAAGAUGCUUCCUCUCUCACCAAAGUACUUCCUCUCUUCAUCAAGAUGCUUCUCUUCUCAUCAAGUGCUCCUUCAACAAGUGCUUCCUCUCUUCAUCCAUAAUGAGUUCUUUCAUCAAGCAUUCCUACUUUCAUCAACAUACUCUCUCUUCAUCAAAGGCUUCCUCUCUUCUUUCAAAGGUCUUCUCUCUUGAUCAAGGUCUUCAUCAGCUUCCUCUGCUUCAUCAAGGUGCUUCCUCUCAUACAACAAAUACUUCCUCUCUUGAUCAAGAGUGCUUCUCUCUCUUUUCAAGUAACUCCUCUCUUCAUCAAGGUGCUUCCUCUCUCAGCUUCUCUUUCACAAGACUUCCUCUGACGUUUCCUCUCUUCACAAGAGUGCUUCCUACUCUUCUUCAAAGUUGGCUUCUCUCUCUCAGAUUCCUCUAA